AUUCACACGCGAGAUGGGAUGAGGAACAGAAAUCGGAAGAAAGAAAAGAAAAGUCACGUCACUCCAGGAUAAACACAAAGAGCAAACACAGGAGUUACAAAGGAAAUACAGCGCGAAGGAGGCUGAGGCGCAGAAUCUGGCGAGAGAAAUCAAAGACCUCAAUGAUAACAUCACAUCACUGAAGAACCAGCUGGCUCAACAGAAAACGACGAUGGAAAGGCAGAUGGAUAACGAGAGAGAGAAACUCGAAAAAAGAGAUGAAGACUUUAAAGGAGCAACACACGAAGGAUCUCGAAGCCGCGAAGAAAGGCGGGCAGGAUUGGAUGGAGGGAUGUCAUUAGUAAAGCGUCGGUGGAUAAGUUCAUUUCUUCUUUAAAGGAGCAACACAGAGCGGAACUUGAAGCCACGAGGAAGGCGGAGACUCAGAGGAUGAAGGAGGCCUAUAGAGACUUACAGGAUAAACUGGAUAAACUGGAGGAGGAGAGACGGGAGAUGGUGAGGAUGUCUACCGCUCCUGGGUCAGAUCCUCAAGGUCUGGAGAAGGAAAACCGAGAGCUGAAGGAAAGGAUCAGGUUGCAAAGGGAUGAACACGAGAAGGAAAUGCAGAAGAUGAACAGGAAAUAUACCGCAGCUGGGCCGGAGAGAGAACAUCUGGAGAAGGAAAACAGAGAGAUGAGGGAAGACAUCAGGUCGCUAAAGGCCAAGCUGGCGCAGCAGCAGGAGAGGGAAAUGGCCCUGGAGACCGAGAGGGAGACACUCGAACUGGACGUCAGGUGUUUACGAGACGAAAUGGAAGCUCUAAAGAGUAAACACGAGGAGCAGAUGCGGGAGAUGCACAGGAAAUCCAACGCUAAUGGGUCAGAUACACAAGAUCUGGAGAAGGAAAACGGAGAUCUGAAAGAAAACAUCAGAUCGCUAAAGGAGCAGCACAAAAAGGAACUAGAAGCCGCAAAGAAUGAUGUUACUGCAUUACAGGAAUCCUACAAAGACCAAAUACGGGACAUGAACAAGCGACGAAACCAUGCGGAGAAGGAGAAACAAGCUGCGAUGAAGGAGAUGAAGAAAUUAGAGGAGGAAUGCGAGGAGAUAAAGAGAAAUCAUAGCGGGCGGGAGGCUGUGAUACAAAGACUGCAGGUAGAAAAUAGCCAAUUAAAACAACAGGAGCAACACAGAGCAGCUCUAGAAGCCACGAAGAAGGCCGAGGCUGAGAGGCUGAAGGAGGCCUAUGGUGAUCUGCAGGCCAAGCUGGCGCAGCAGCAGGAGAGGGAAAUGGCCCUGGAGACCGAGAGGGAGAAGCUCGUACUGGACGUCAGGGGUUUACAAGACGAAAUGGAAGCUCUAAAGGGUAACCACGAGAAGCAAUUGCAGGAGAUGAAAAGGAAAAAUAACGCUAACGGGGCGGAAACACAAGAAAUGGAGAAGGAGAACGGAGAUCUGAAGGAGAAAAUCAGAUCGCUACAGGAACUACAAGCCAAGAAGACAGCCGAGGUUGAGAGGAUGAAUGAUUAUAUAAACAAUUUGAAGAUCUACUACGAAACGUAUUCACAGAAUAUGAAGAUUGAUCUUGAUCAGAUGGCGAAAGAAAAACAAGAAGCUGUUAUGAAGAUGGAAACAUUGCAGGAUUCAUACAGGGAGAUGCAGAAGACUUAUAGCGAUAGUAAAAGGGAGAUACAUAGACUGCAGAGAGAAAAUAGCCAAUUGAAACAACAGAUUCUGCAGGCAGCUUUCCCGGGCAUCCCUCCGCAAGCAGCAGGUGGCACGGCAACUCCAGGCUUUCCGCUUGCAGCAGGACAGGACAUCCGAGGUCAGCAGACAGCGACGAAUCCCCAAAGCAAGCAGCAGGCAGGAGGAGCAGGUCCAAAGCAGCGGCAGACAACGAUAGGGCCCGGAGGGAUUUACCCAAGUACGAAUAUCUGAAAGCAACGGACAGAAAUGACUCUUCACAAGCAGGAAGCAGGGAAGAGUUUCCAGAGAAAGCGGUCAGGAGGGACAAGCUAAGCAAGCAGCAGACGGGAGGGCAUCUUUGCAAGCACAUGGCAGCAGCGGAUAUAUAUAUAUAUAUAUAUAUAUAUAUAUAUAUAUAUAUAUAUAUAUAUAUAUAUAUAUAUAUAUAUAUAUAUAUAUAUAUAUAUAUAUAUAUAUAUAUAUAUAUAUAUAUAUAUAUAUAUAUAUAUAUAUAUAAUAUAUACAUUUAAUUUCCGAGAUGGUUUGAGAAUCGAAUAUGACACGCAAUGCAAUUGGACAUUCCUGUUCAAGGAAACUUACUCAAAUUAUUCUCUGUGUAAUAUGUUUUCUUAUUCUACCAAAGUAAAUUUUGAUAAAGACGAUGACUGUAUGUAACCAAAUGCAUUCUGGUGUUAAGUGAGAAUGGAUGUAAACAAUGCUAUGUUCACAAAGUACUUGAUUAUGUGUAGUUAUUCCUGUGUUUAUAUCUUCAUCCCGGUACAUUAUGUAACAUUUAUGAUACAGAUGAUAACCGUUAUUAUUAUUUCUUAGAUAUUUAAAUCGUAACAAUGUAUGCAAUAGUUUCGUUGUAUUGAAAUUUAAUAAAUCUGUCUCUGUACUGUCAUUAUCUUAUCAUUUUGUGGUCUAGAUUCAAAGGUAAAAAUAUGAACAGAAA